GAUUGGCAUGAGAGGACGAGAGCUGAUGGGCGGAGUUGGAAAAACGAUGAUGCAGAGCGGUGGAACGUUUGGGACAUUCAUGGCUAUCGGCAUGGGAAUCCGCUGCUAA